CCCUUCCGUCAUCACCGUGCGCACCGCCGGGCCGGGCCGGAGCCUUUGCCGGGGGCAGUGUCUGUGGCAGUGUCGGUACCGGUGCCGGUGCCGGGCCAUGACCCGCUGGGCCCGGCGGAGCGCCCCGCCCGGGGCCCGGGCACUGUCCGCCACGCCCUGGGAGCAGCUGGCGCCGGGCCGGGAGCCGGAGCCGCCGCCGGCAGCCAAGAGGAGGAGGAAGAAGAAGGAGUACGAGAACCAGGACGUGAACGGGUUCGCGGAGCACCGCGGCGAGCAGCGGGCUGCGGAGGAGGAGGAGGAGGAGGCGCGGAGGAAGGACAGGCGGCGGGAGAGCAGGAGGCUGAGGAGGCAGGAGAGGAAGAGAAACGCCAUGGUGUGUUUCCACUGCAGAGAACCUGGCCAUGGCGUGGCUGAUUGUCCUGCAGUGCUGGAGAGCCAAGACAUGGGGACGGGGAUCUGCUACCGCUGUGGAUCCACGGAGCACGACAUCAGCAAAUGCAGAGCCAAGGUGGAUCCAGCUGCUGGGCCAUUUCCUUAUGCAAAAUGUUUCAUCUGUGGUGAGAUGGGGCAUCUGUCAAGGUCCUGUCCGGAUAACCCCAAGGGGUUGUAUGCUGAAGGUGGGGGCUGCAAACUUUGUGGUUCUGUGGAGCACUUCAAGAAGGACUGCCCAGAGAAGCAGAAUGCAGAGCAGGUGACAGUCGGGCGCUGGACCCCCGGCCUGAGCGCAGACCACGAGGACGUCGCGGCCGCGCCGGCGCCGCAGAGAGCGCAGCCCAAGCGACCCAAAGUUGUCACUUUCUGAAGGACUCCUGGCUCUCCAUCGGCUCUCCUGCACUGCUGCACUCCAGAGUGGUGACGACAGAGAUCCAGAAGAACAAGCAGGCUGCAGAGGACUUGCUGGGUGUUUUCCUCCCCUCAUUUUC